AUGUUUAAUCGAAUUUUGAAAUUUCUAUGCACCGUCAAAGUAAAUAAAUAAAAUCAAUUUAAUUAUAAAUUAUAUUACUUGUUAUUAUUUAUAAUGUCUAGCAUAUCUGGUUUGUAUUCACCUUUACCCCAAUCAAUAAGUGAUUCUGAUUCAGAGAGAGAAUUUCACAUGGAUUCUUUAUGCCCCCCUAAUACUCGUUUCAAUGAGAAUGUAUCAGAUCGUAAAGGUUAUUCUAAACACGGUCCCUAUAACAAACAAUCUCAGGACCAGUUACCCAAUAUGAUGGAAGCUAAAGUAAUCAAACCACAAAUGAGUACCACUAGAAAACUAACUUUUAUAAUGUCCAUUAUACUUUGUUUCUUGCCGAUCGUUAUAUUCUUGUGGGUUCUUCCUUGUGAUGCUGAUACUUGUCCAGUUAAAGUACUGAAUUGGGAAACCCAGCAAGAAGACGUUGAAAUGAAGGGCAAAAUCAACCUAUUCUUCGAAAGAUUUAAGAAACAUUUCAAUUUGGCAGUACAGUACAAAGGAGAUUCUAACUCGCAGGAAAUUUUGAAGCAUGGUGUCAUAUCUCUUCUAGGAAAUAAUGGUGAAGUGAACUGGUAUUUCAGACAACCUACCAUUCCACAGAACUUGGACUGUAGUUUAAUUGAUGUUGAUUCAGAUGGUAUAAGAGACUGCUUGUUGCUAGAUGAGAAAGGAUUGAAAGCAGUGGAAGUAGUCUCAGGUCAAACAGUUUGGCAUGUUCAUAGCCACGAAGAGAGAACAUUAGUUGAAAACCUUCAAUUUCCUGCUGUUUUGAAAGACUUCAAUCAUGAUGGAGUAGACGAACUAAUGAGUAUUUACCAACAAAAGUAUUUUAUGAUAAUAUGUGGUAGAACUGGUAAAGCUUUAUGUAAUAUAAUUGUAAAUGAAUGUAAUCAGGUUGAAGAACUGCAAACUACUGGAGAUUAUGUUGGUUUUCAUUGUGUGAAUGAUACCGUUACUUACUUGCAAAUUCAAAUUUCUGAGAUAAAAAGAAAAUAUUUCAAUAGCUCGCAUAUGCUUAAUUUUGUAAAAUUCAAUUUGAGUACUUCGGAUACAAAUAUAUUUCGAUUAGAUCAAUAUAAGCUGAAUAUAGAGAACUUUGGGACAUGUCCCGAUUGUCAUUCUUACUUAAAAUUGUUGAGUGAUCAUGAUAAGGUAAUCUACACGAAAGUAUACAAUAAGUCUCACAUCAUAAAUCCCUCCAAAUUCAAAUUCGGAGUGAAUGCCUUUUCAGCAAAAAAACAUAUCAAAGGUUUCAUAGUUAAAGUUUGGCAGUGGCAUUAUAAGUUCAGUCCCAAAUAUAGUUCAAAUGAUCUAUUCACUUCCAGAAAAGAUGUCUUGAACAACACCAAUUAUGGUAAUUAUAUUACGGAAAGGAUCAUUUUAAUUACACUAAACGAUACAGAUUAUAAUGUAGUUGAAGCCAGUACUACUAACAUAACACAGUUAUGUUUUCACACCGAAAGUGAUUUUGUGAGUUGCCAACCGGACUUCAAAAAUCAAGAGUACUCAAUAUUGAUAGCAGAUUUAGAUAGAGAUGGAUCGCAAGAGUUGAUUUAUUACUCCAGUUCUUUCUAUUUACGGGAAAAUGUUAUUGGUAAUCCUUGGCAGUUAAUAUCAACCAUUAAACUUCUGAAACUAGAAUCUGAGUUGCCUAAAUUGUAUAAUUCUAAGGAAACUUUUGGGAUGUAUCCCAACUAUUGAAGAAAUAUUCAUAUGGUAUUUCAUUAACAAUUGAUGUGUGAUUUCAAUUCCGACUGAUAUUAUUUUCACUUUUAAACAAUUAUUUUCAUUCAUUGUAGACUUAUUUAUUUUCAUAAUUCUUGUGAUAUCAAUUAUUUCCCCAACACGUUUUAUUGUUGAAACUAUCUAGUCAUAUUUUUCAGCUUUAACCUUUGAUUAGAAUUAUGGAUUUGUUGUUAUUGUUAUUUUGACCUUUAAAUUUUUCGUUUUCCUAAUGUUCUUUUGAUUUUGAACAUAGAUAUCUUAUACCUUGUUGUAUUGUUAUUUAUUUUUGAUCUUUGAGAAUUGAACGGUUUUUCCCAUUAAAAAAGCUAUUUUCACAUUUAUGUGUAAUUAAAAACUUUUUUUAUGUAUUAUGCUAUGCACAGUAACAUGUUAAUGUAAAGAAAGUUAUAGAUAGCUAAACAAUUUUUUAUUUUUUUAAUAUUAAUUUAUUCAUUUAUCUUUGAAGGAUAAAAAACUAUUUGUCAACUUGUACUGUACCUGUUUAUGUUAGAGAAAUAAAAGAUCAUUCAAAUGAA